UUUAUCCUCGCGCUGGGAUCACGAUCGCGAAAUAUUGUGAAUGGCUCUUGGUUAUGCAUCAAAUCAUGGACGAUGACCAGCGAGAAGUCAUUCUGCGGUGGGUCAAAGACAUCGAGCUCGCCCGACGGCCGACCCCUCCUCCAUGCGCGCAAAACACGCCGCCCAAUCAACCCAUGACGGAUGCAAGAAUUGUCCCAAUGACUACUACCCCUCCACGCAGUUCCUGGGAAGGACUGAAUUCGCAAAAACGGACGCUCGAAGAGAUGUCAUCGGCUUCAGUAGCAGAUCCUCCCAAACGGCCCCGUUUCCAACGGGAUUCGGAUUCGCAUUCAUCUGUCUUGCGCCUACGGGACGACAUCACCCUUACAGGUUCAACAUCUACAUCUACAUCUGCUAGCCGACAGCGGUCUCUGAGUCCCAGCCGUGCAAAAGCAAACCUAGCGAGGGCUAGUCCCAGCAUAGUCUACAUUAAUGAGUUAGGGGAUCCUGGCAAUGAGGCAGCAAAACAGUUGUUGGCGCGUCUACUCGUUGAAAACGGGGAGUGUACGAGUUCCUCGUGGAUUCCACCGGAGGAAUCAAUAGCCAAAAUAUCUGCCGCCUCGUAUCAAUGUACCACCGAGAUACGGAGCGAAGGAUCGUGGGUCAUUAAAGUUGCCUGCCCUCUGUUAGAAUUGGCCAUUGAAGACUUACCCCUGGAGUGUUGGAGUGUCCAAACAGAGAGUGUCGACGUAAGAUACCUACCCCGGUACACAGCACGCGACACCUACAACCGCAAAAUCGACCUUGUGGUCGGGCUCGCAAAAAAGGAUUGGACGACGUACUAUGAUCAAGUCGCUGCACAUAUCCCCGACUACCAAUUCAGCCACAUUACGCAUCCACACACGGGUGCCCGCGUUCUCGGUUUCGGAUGUGAGGUGAAGGCCCCUGAUGGAAAUUUCAUCGAAGCCGAAGUCCAAUUGGGGGUCUGGAUGAGCGGCCUGUUUUCAUGGAUGUUGCAGCAUCGGCGAGGAGCCGCCCCUCUUCCACCUGUUGUUGGGUGUAUUAGCAUGGGGGCGAACUGGGAAUUUUAUAUUGUUUACUGCGUGGAGGAAACACACGACUCUCAUCAAUCAACUCCCCAGGUGUGCAUUUGGGGCCCACUAUCUGAUUUGUGCGGCCGGGGGCCCAGCCAUCGGGCUGUGUCUAUGCUGGCGACAACCCUCCGCCGCGUGAUGCAGUAUGUCUGCGAGGAUUUUACAGAGCAACUGUUGAAGAUCAUUGUGGGUGAUUGAAACCAUGCUAUUCUGCCUCACUUUCAGGGUUCUUCCCGAGAUAUG